CAACGAUCUUGAAUAAAUUUUAACAACAUGUACUUGUGCCACGUGAAACCACACAUUCCAAAAUAUUAUUCAAAUAUUUAAUUUAUAUUUUUAGAUCACCAUUAAUUUCAAUCACUUUUUAAUUAAAUCGUUUUAUAUUAUAGUAGAAUAGCUUUUUUAUCAACAAAAAUACUAAAAUUGUAGAAUAUGUACAUUUGGUCAUAAUUUUCACUGAUCCGGAAUAUAUUAUUUUUAUUUAAAAUUAAAUGACAAUGUUUGAAUAUACUAGACAAGUCGCAAGCGGGAAGGAUAAUUACGAGAGGAUAGCAAAGGAAGCUGGAGAUAAGGUUAAUGGAAGCGUUCUGACUCUCUUAGUGAAAGCAAUAUUAGGUGGAUGGUUCGUAGCAAUUGGUGGUUACGCUGCAUCCGUUAUCGCUUCAUUGUUUUUUGAUCCAGGAGCCUCAAAUGGAACGUCUAGAGCAGCUUUUAGUUUAAUUUUCCCUAGUGCUUUAUGUGCAAUUUUGUUCACUGGAACUGACCUCUACACAGGAAAUACUAUGAGUUUUACAUUUGCAUUGUACAAAAAACAUAUAACUGUUUUAAAUUACUUCUAUAAAUUGGGUGUUUCAAUUCUGGGGAACUAUAUAGGCACAGUUCUUGGAGCAAUGAUCCUUGCUGGAGGAACCACUUACUUCAUUAUUGAUGUGGGAAGUGGAGCUCCUUAUAUGACGGAUUUGGCCCUUGCUAAGACAACAAAACCCUUUUGGAAAAUUAUGUUCUCGGCUAUAGGAUGUAACUGUUUUGUUUGUUUGGCAGUAUGGUCAUUUUAUGCUUGCUAUGAUUCAGCAGGGGCAGUGUUAAUUAUAUUCGCUCAUAUUGGAGCUUUCGCAGCAGGAGGGCUAGAACAUAUCAUUGCCAACUUCUACCUAUUAAACGCAGCUUUGAUUUCAAAAUCAGGUGUAUCAUUUUUGGAUGUUUAUUAUCGUAACCUAAUUCCGGUACUCCUGGGUAAUACAAUUGCAGGAACAUGCAUCAUGGGAUUGCCACUAGCAUUUAUAUACAGAGAUAAUAAAAAUCAAUCUAUUUUCAAAGAUACAAGAAACGACGAAGUUGAAAUUAAGACUCUCGUGAUAUAAUCCAUAACUGAGUAAUGAUUAAUAAAUCUUCUUACUCCGUA